UGGCUGCGCGGCCAGAGCGUCUCAUCAAGGCACUGGGUCGGAGAAAUUAUAUUACUGGUAAGAUAAACAUGUAAUAGCAACAGAAAAGGAAUUGCUGACGAUCAAAUACGGCAUCAUAUUGUCUUAUCUGGGUCAGUUGCGAGAGUUUUUUUUAUAAACCUUUUUGCGGAUGAUUUUAAAAUGAGUUUGAUAUUGUUUUUAACGUUUUCACCAAGGACCGAUUAGAAAGCCGUGACCAGAUUUCCCGUAAGACCACUUUUAACGAAGUUAAUAUGGCAAAAAAUAUUAUAGACGUCCCAAGGGAUGAUUUAAGUAAGAUAUCGGAUGAAGAACUCAUUAAAAUGAGCAAAGAGGAGCUGCUAAGGAGACUCCGAAAAGUUGGUAAUGAAAAGAUGAACUUAAUGGUGGAACAUGGGAACAUGAUGAAGGACGUUAACCGGAGAUUACAAGUGCAUCUCCACGAGAUACGGAGCUUGAAGGAGGUGAACCAGAAACUGCAAGAAGACAACCAGGAGCUUAGAGAACUGUGCUGUUUCUUAGAUGAUGAUCGGCAAAAAGGGAAGAAGCUGUCUCGGGAAUGGCAGAGAUUUGGCAGGUACACUGCCAGUGUUAUGUGGAAGGAUGUUGGAAUAUUUCAGCAAAAACUGAAAGAUCUAGAGGCCACUCAAGAGAGUGUGCUGAGAGAGAAUGUUGAGUUAAAGGAGAUAAUUGUGAUGUUGGAUGAUGAGAGGAAUGGAGCUGGAUCCAGGAGCUCCAUUGACAGUCAGUCUAGUCUGACACAUAUGAAUGGAGGUUCUAGUACUGUUAGAGAUAUUGGGGAUGGAAGUAGUACCUCCAGUACGGGUAGUGCUGGAAGCCCAGAUCACCACCACAGUCAUAUACACAAGCCUUCAGAGGGCAAAAUAGGGUCCAUCAGAAGGUCUAUGGAUGAUCUGUCCACCAACCAUCUACACAGAAGCAUACCGAAUGGACUCAACGAUACAUCCUCAAACUACAUCCGUCAGCUAGAGACUAAAGUGCAGAUUUUAGAAGAUGACAACAAACAAGUAUUAUCCCAGCAGGGGAACGUCGGAGAUCUGAAGACACUUCGGAAAGGGUUGUCCCUUUAUCACUCAGAAUCCCAGCUCUCCUCGCUUUCACAGUACCAGGAUACAUUACAGAAUGGGUCUACAAGGAUGCCUGGAGGUGAUCUGCCGACCCCUGUCACAGGCUACCUGCCAGCAGCACAGAAACCUGAGGCUGUGGUACAUGCAAUGAAAGUAUUGGAGGUCCAUGAGAACCUGGACAGGAAGAUCCCAGAGGACUAUGAGGAGGAUCUCAGUGAGAAAGAGAAAGCCAUUGUCAGAGAGAUGUGUAAUGUGGUGUGGCGGAAGCUCGGUGAUGCUGCAGGAUCCAAACCCUCCAUCCGCCAACAUCUCUCUGGGAACCAGUUCAAAGGCCCUUUGUAGCUCCCAUGCCAAUGACCAGCAGGGCCCAGAACAAACAAACAAAUCUGUGAAAAUGACGAGAGGAACAAACAGUCUAGAAACUUUUGGGAAGAGCCACAAUAGAACUGUGCUCCUACUGCCAGCUCCUCUCAGUUUAUGGCAUUCAGUUGAGAUAUUUUAAACCUAUUACCUACAAUAACAGGUGUUAGUAUAUAAUAGGCUAUUUGAUGAUCUCACAAUUAGCACAAGCUAAAUCAUAGAUCUAUUUAAGUGCAUACCAUCCUAGUAUUUAUAAAAGGCAGCUUAAUGAAUUCAUUUCUCAUUGCAGUUAAGGAAAUAAAAGCACACAGCUCUUAGAGCAAUGCCCCAUUCAUGAGAUCCAUUUCACUCCUAAAAGCUUUUUGAAUUUGUCAAAAGACCACUCCAUAUUAUUCAUAUCCUCUAUAGAAGUGCUCCUUCUGUGAAAGAUGUACUGUACAUAAUACUGCACUUUUAUAUAAGUAAUAAGUGAAUUCUGCUGCUCAGUAGCUCAGCAGCUCAAUAAUCUUAGUAUAAUGUAAGAAAGUUAAUUUACCAUUUAAAAGAACAGUUCACCCAAAAUGAAAAUUCUGCCGUUAUUGGCAUAAUAAAACCACAAUAAAAGUAAUAACUUAGUGCUGUCAGCCAAUAAAUUUUUUCAAAUGCAAUUAAUUGUAUACAUUUUUUGUAGUUAAUUUAGAUUAAUCACAGAUUUUAAGAGCUGAAAUUUGACUCUGAAUAUACUUCUUUUUCUGUCACAAUGCAUUUUUUUCCCUUAUAAUGGAAGAAAACAUAACAACAUGUAACAAUAUAAUGCUGUAUUAACCAUGUCAUCCAAACAAAGCCCUCCACAGUAUAAAGAUAGAAAUGCACUAACAUUGCAUCAAUUUAAGUAACAUUAAACAUUUCCCAAAGUCUAAGUGGGAGUUUAUCUAAUUGAAAAACUAGUCCCCACAUAGUUUGCAUAUUCAUUGCAAUGUGCAUUAAAUCUAUUAAUCUCUCAUCCUCCACAAUAUUGAUCAGCCAGCAGACUGUGGUCAUCCAUUGUUACAGCAGCUGUGAAGCCACGUUCAUGAUUCACAUCAGGAUUUCAGCUCCAGCUUCAAGUGCCAAUUUUAACUCCGCAUGAAAAGCGCUUGCAGACAAAAACGUCUCAUUCUGCAUUUUGGUGAUACUUAAGACUUGACAUGCUUAUGUAAAUAAAUUGCACCUUACAUAGUUCCAUCUAGUUCCGUUUGUAGUUCAAAUAAGUUCCAUCUAGGCUUGUUUUGUACAUCAGAUAGCAUUAAGUGCUCCACAUCACUGUGUCACUGACACCAAAUCACUGCUGUGUGCGUUUGUAGGGUGUGCUUCAGUGCAUUGAAUUCGGGCGGACACAUAGCAAGGUUCCGCCCUUCCAACAAGUGUUCAUGCUGGUUUCUGCUAUAAUAACAGUAAAUGCGUUAAUCACGACUAAGAAAAAUGUAUGCGUUACACGAUUUAAAUGAAUCACACGCGGUGAUGCGAACAAUUUUUUUCAGCUCUAUACAAAUAAAAGUAAUUGAUAAAACUGAUUUCACACAUUAUGUAAAGAGAAGCGGUGAGAGCAAAUGAGGUUUGAUAUAAUCGCCAUAGCCACCAUAUUUGAUUUAAGAGGCUUAUUAAUGCUUUGAUUUGAAAGCAAAUAACACAUUUUAUUCUGUUCUUUUCACAAUGUGAUCAUAUCGCUUCAGAGGACUUAGGGCAUAUACAGUAGUGCAUUUUUUUUUUGUCCCUUUUCGGGCUUGACAGUCCAGAGCCUUUAUUAUCUUGCAUUAUGGCAAAUAAAGCUGGCGAAGACUUUGACGUGUUCCAUGAAAGAAAUUGUAAAUAAACGACAGAAGUUUCAUUUUUGAGUGAACUAUUCCUUUCAAUCAUUUUGUCCAAACAAUCCUAGAGCACAAACCUUCAGGUCACAAAGUUACAAGGCAUACUGUAUUAUUAAAAGUUCUAUAAAUCCCAAAUUGACAAUUGUAUUUAAAUGAAGGUGCUGUCAAUGCCCUAAUUUGUGUCUUUGUGGUCUUCAUAUAAAAGAUAAUCAUUUUUUCUCCGCCCAUUAUUUUUUUAAGAUGGCCCAAUAUAGUGCUCUUUACUGAAAAUGAGACCUGCAGUUAUUAUCAACUGUAUACAGUCCUUAAUUAAAAAUGCUGUUAAAUCUGUAUGAGGUGUACAGAUUAAUAUUAUAAGAACUGGAACUCUUAUACUUUGUGCACACCUUAACAUCUAGAUACAGCAUUGAUUAGGUUGUAAUAGUUUGACAGAUUUGUUCAGUGGUAAAUUAAGUUGGAAUAACAUUACUGGAAUAACAUUACUAAUUCCAGUUUGCAGUAAAAGGUCUCAUCAGUAUAAUGUUUCUGAAAGCAUUUAGUAUGUGAUGAAACUUUAACACAGUAAAUGUUAAUGACGUUGUCAGCGAUUGGACCAUGUAAAAUACCUUAGCCAAUCACAUUCUCAUUUACCCUUGUAUCCAGCUUAAAAUUUCUAUGCAUACUAAAUUCUUUAUUAAAUCAGGCCUAAUGUGCUUAUAAUUACUGGAUAAAUUGUGAGAAAAGUUCAGUAUGAGGUUUGCAUUAUUAAUCAUAGGGUUCUUUUGCUGAGCUUUUUGUGAAAUGUUGAAUUCUGCUCAUUAGGCCUUGUUCAUGAGACUUUCUAUCGGGUAACAUCUUUUUGUAUACAGUAUGUAUAUGAGAUAUCGCAAAGUCUUGAAUGUUCCAGGUCUAUAUACAGCCUAUAUUAGUCUUGUGAAUGGAAGGCUUCUAGUUGAGUGAGAACGCAGUAAAUGAGUUGUUCUUUGAGUUUUGUGUGAUAUAAUUCAGAUACAAUUUCUGUGUAUGCAAGAACUGCCUCAAAAGAUACUUGCUGCAUUCACACAAAAGUUCUUUUUUGAAAACAGUGACCCAAUAAGUCAUAAUUUUGUAUUGUUUUGUUGAAAUCAAAGCUAUUUUGAGCAUUUUAGAAAUACCUCGACUGAACUAAUUAUUUUUGUAUUAAACUUUUGUGUGCGGAUAUUUAUGAGAGCACUUUCGUGGUGCUAGUUGAAAUCACAUUCGUAUUGGAUGGUUUUGUUCACCUUGGAUGCAGCAGGCGGCUUUUGGCAGUGUGUUAACUUUUUUAGUUUUACCUGAAAGCGAACAAAAUGAGCAGCAAACAUUUGAAAAAGGAAAGAAAAUAAUUACAACAUUGUUAUGAAAUGGAUACUUUAUGAAUUUGGGUCAGUAAACCUUGCGUGCUCUGUUAACAGUAAAAAGACAGUAUAUAUUGUCUCGGUUUUGCUGUGAAUGUGUUUAAAGUGAACACAAUAUUAAACACCUAAAAAUAGGUGUUGAAAUAUACUCAUACAUUCUUAAAACUAUUUUUAAAAAGUGUCCUUUAUAAGCAGAUCUAGACUACACAACUACUGACUUUUUGGUAUUUGUUCAUUUUAAAGCACAACAGAAUCACAUGCUGAUAUUUUCCUAUUUUAUUUUUCAAAUGCACUGCUUCUUUUGUGAAAGAGAAUUUAAAAUGUUUGAAUCUUUCACGAAAUUCAAUGUUUUGUGUUGACUGUCUGUAUGUGAAACACUCAUAAAGUUGUAUUCUAGAACAUACAAUUCAGUGCUGUGUAAAUAACUAUUACUGUAGAAUUCCUGUAACUAGCAUGUGCUUAUAUAUUUUAAUAAGCUGUAUGUAGCUGAGAAUGGACCUGUAUUUUAGCAAAUAAAAAAUUAUAAAUAAAUUGCAAAUAACCCUAUUGUAGAGUAGAAAUAAAAAGGAAU